AUGGCCCUACCAUGCAAAAGGUUCUUGAUCUUUUUUAGAGGCAUCAAAAAAAGCUCGCCUUGGAACUGCAACAUUCAAUCUGCUACUCUCAACAAAUUCAAAGAAGUAUUACUACAACUCGCACCAUCACAUCGGAACGACCCAAAUCUACUGAUUUAUAGUUAUGAUGGGCCUUUAUCGACAUCAAAGUACCAAAUAAUUCUGGAUGACGAUCAUUUGCAAACAACAUUGAUACUUGCAAAGAAACGAAACUGCAAUCUUUAUAUUUCGUUAGCGUGUCCAUCCAAAUGCUACUCAUCAUGGACACUUGACGAAGUAUGUGCAGAGUACAGCCUAUGUGACAGCAAUAAGCCGACAAUAGCAGAUCUACCUUAUUUCGAAGGUAUUGAGGCAGUUCCUCUAGAAUCUGAAAAAGCCAUAUCACUCAAGGACGAACUCAUUCAAGAGCUCAAGAAACGACAAAACACCAUGAAGGAUAUUUAUGCCAAUGAGACGUCUCGUUCUCUUAUCGUGGGGUCCUAUUUGAUUGCUGUUACGGAAUUGUUUAGUGAUGAUCUAGUGCUUGAUUUAGAGCGAGAAGUACAAGGGCGUCGCGGCCAUGGUCCAGUCGACUACUCACGUCAUCUCAGACCUGAAUGCCUGCACUCACCUUAUAACGGUUUGGAUAAGAGGAAUAGGAGAAGAGAACGACAGAGGGAGUUAUUUGGCAAUAUCCUGAGCUUCGAUUUCUCAUUUUACAACCACAAUUAUCGCGUACGAGCAUCCUCAUUUGUAGGAGUGACACGUAAACAACGAAUUGGAUUAUUGGUAAACCUUAUCGAGUGUGGGAAAACUUUUACUGUUUCCGAUAGUCUUAAAGCUCAUGCUACCGGGUUCAUACGGACAAAAACCGAACAACCGGCCUGCACUGAAAUCGUCAAGCAGUGCAAUGACACUCAAUCCGAAAUUGAUUUGGACAAGAUGCGUGCAGAUAUCGACAAGGCCAUUGAGGAAGCUAAAAAAAGCUAUUGA